AUGGACGAAUACAAAAAGUAUCUGGCGGAUCAGAUCCUGAGUGAGGAGAAAAUUAAUGGGAUGCGCCCUGGCACGAUCCAUGCAACCUAUCUGAUCUAUGGUACUCAAGCAGCACAACAGAAGGUCCAAGAUGAUGGCGAUGUUGAAAUGGCCACUUCGCCCCCUGAUGUCGAAACUUCUGAAGAUGUUGUCACCCACUCCCUGUCUCUUGUCCCUGGCGACCUCUUGAAAGACACUCUGGCCACUUACGAAGAGGUUACCUCAUUCCAUAUCUACAGCCUGGCGAGACAUCCCACUAGGGACAUGCAACUUCUAGCAGACGUUCAUCAACAAAUCAAGGAGCAGUCGACGAAUGAGAGCGCAACCACGGCAGCGAUAUACGGUACCAUCACCAACCCCAAUGUCCGCAAACGCACCCGUCAGGGUAGGGGGCCGGUACCUACACCUGCUGCUCCAGCACCGGCGGCGAAGCCUGUGAAGAAGGAAGCAGCACCUCCUGCAGUCGCCCCUGAACCCAAGGCAGAGAUACCAGUCAAGCAAGAGGCCAAUACGCAAACCAGAGAGACACCCGCUUCCACGGCGGCAACGAAGAAGGGCGCGGCGCCACCAGCGUUGAAGAAGAGCGGCUCGUCUGGCAUUUCGGGCAUGUUCGCUAAAGCCGCAGCCAAGGCUGCAAGCAAGCCGAAAGAGGCCCCGAAACCGGCACCCGUUGAGACGCCCGCGUUAUCUGAUGAUGGCGAGGACGACGAUGAGGACAUCCCCGCCGCAAAGGCUCCGGUCAACUCUGGAAGAAAGUCACGAAAGGACCGUGAGGCUGAGCUGAAGAUGAUGAUGGAGGAGAGCGAGGAAGAGGAAGAGGAAGAGCCCGAAGAGAAGGAGGAAGACGAGCCAAUGGACGAGCCAAUGGAGGAGGCUCCUGAGCCGGAAGCAAAACCUGAACCAGCGGAAGUCGUCUCUAGCACCGGCGACGGCCGUCGGCGUGGCAAGCGGAGAGUUAUGAAGAAGAAGCAGAUCAUGGAUGAUCAGGGCUACCUUGGCAAUCCACUAGUCACUAUCCAGGAACCUGCUUGGGAAGAGUUCUCUGAAGACGAGGCACCCCCGCCGCCCGCAAAGGUGGCCAAGACUUCAUCUGCGCCAAGUUCAGGAAGCCAAGCUGCGAAGCCGAAGAAGCCUGCUCCCAAGGGACAGGGCAACAUCAUGUCCUUCUUCUCCAAGAAAUGA